UAGAGGCCUGGGACGAGAUCAUCUCUACAAACAAGAUACAUUUGUUUUGUUUUGGCGCUGCGGGCCUAAGAAGCUUUGUGCAUGGAGAACAGGACUGGGCGUAUCUUCUGUGCGUUUCAGGAAGCAGAUAAAUGUUCAGAUGUAUUUUGUUAGCCUUUUACUAUCAUAAAUAUGUCGCAAAAUAGUUCUCGCACAAGAGCUGUUUCGAGUCCUCCACUACAGGAGGAGUCAGAGCGGGGCUCGGCCCUGCUGAUGGCCAACAGUGGCAAAAUUACGUAUUAAGCCGUUUGCAAGAGAAACUUCCGCCUGAACCAAUAAAAGUUGCUUGUUUGAGACCACCGGAGAACAGAAAGCUGGAUAUUGAAGAAUACCACGGCAGAAUUUCAAAAGAUGAAAUGAUAAGAUUAUUGGAUGGAAAAUCAGGAAGAUACUUAGUCAGGGAUAGCACAACAUCUGGUAGUUACACGCUGUCGUUUAAUUUUGACGGAGAUAUUAAACACCAGAGCCUUAUUUUAACUGACAAUGGCUACAAAACUGAUAUGGCGGAUUCUUCAGAAUAUAAAACUGUUCAUGAACUUAUGGUAUAUGUUCUCAGGCUUGGAGAACGUAUGAAAAAAAUGGAAGGAAGUAAAAAGAAACCAUACCACAAACAACAUGAAUUUGAAAAUCAUACAUACGUGCACCCUAAGUGGUGUGGUAUUUGUGGGGGUUUUAUUUGGGGUCUGUGGUCUCAAGGGCUGAAAUGUGAAGACUGUGGAAUUGGAAUUCACAAGCAUUGCAGAUCCUCUGUAACUGAUGCAUGUGAAAAGGUUGUGCUUGGCCAGAAGCUAUCUACAGCUCAAUCGCCUACUGUUGACAAGGAAAAAAGAAAAAGAGUGUCUUUGCCAGAUCCAAGAGAGGUAUCUAAAUCCAAAUUGCCACAAAGGUCUCCAAAUGAUAAAUUGCCAUGUAAUUAUGAAAAAGAGUGUUUCAAAUUUCUAAACUCGCAAGUACCACUGAACUAUUUUGAUAAGUUGAGUCCUCUUAACAUUUGCUACUGUGAUGAUCACCAGAAUACUGGAGAAACCAAGUUUCUACAAAACUGGUGUAAGUUUGCAUUGGUGAGAAGCCCAAGAGAGCUAGUCAAGAAACUCAAGCCAGCAUAUUUCUCAGUUUUUCCAGGCAAGAUUAAAGAAACCCUUGAUGCAUUGUCAUCAGGGUCAUUCUACCAGAGACUGAAAUCAGAUGAGCUGGUUGUCUUGCCUUCAAUGGAAAACAUAUUACUAAUGGAAUCACAUGAAACAGAAAAUAAUUUGGUUUGCACCGUACUGGAAGUUGGUGUUGAACCUGGAUCAUACACAUCAAAGUCUGCAGUUAAUGAUGUUGUUAAAGGAGUUUCAAAGCCGAGCAGAUUAGAGUACUGGGCAAUCUCACCAGGGAAUCAAGUUUUUAGUAUAGCACUGCUUAUCAAAUUGAAGAAGACAUAGCUUUUGCCUAGUGCCAUGCUGGAAUCACUGUUACACGUUUAGAAUUUCUGAGAAAUUGAACAUUUAGUGGUCAAAGUCUCUGUCCUAUUCUUACAAAAUAUAAAACUUCUCAGUAACUGAUUUGACUACAGAGUGAUUUAAUUGAAUUUAAUGACACAUAGAUUGACUAAUAUCUUUCAGUUAGGUGUUAAAUUCAAAAUGGAAUGCCGUAAAUCCUCGAAUUGGCCAUUAUAUGGAGUAUUUUCCUUGUAAUUUAUUUUCAUAAUUAUUGUAAUGAUUGGCAUCACAGUCACUAUGAACAAGAGAAAGGACAUUUUUUGUCUAUAAUUAUCAUAAAUAUUAUUGGUAUCAUGGUUAAGAUCCACAUGUCCAUGUCCACAAGUGGCAGUAAAAGCACUGAGAUUGAACUAAGCCAAUCAUUGACUAAUGAUGUUAAAAGGAAAGAAAACUUUGUAAUUUAUUGUCACUUUGUAUUGCACAAAUUACAUAUCAGUUUUAGAUGUUGUACCAUGAA